CUUUUCUCGUCGUACUUUGUAGUUUGUGCUCGCUGAAGCUGAUUGACUGAAAUAUAAAAUUUUUUCUCUGUUCAAGAAAAAUCUUUGAAUAAAAUUUGUGUACCUUCAUCAAAUUAUAAAUAUUCACUAUUUAUUAAAACUAUAAACAACUGCUAAACAUUAUGCUUAAAUAGCACCCUGGAACUGAAUUGCUCUAGAAAAGCACAGAGAAGGACUGUGUGCCACCCAAAACAGUCAAGUGCAUGUUUUGUGUGUUUAGAGUGUCUCCUCUGUGUCCCUCUCUGUCCACAGUUCACCUUUCUCGCCACCUCUGAUCAUCUCGAAGAGAGUAUUCUAAACAAAGAUGAACUCGGACAGUAGUGAAAAGGGCAGUUCGAUUAUACGAGGACGACCUUAUUCGAAAAUGAGUUCAACUGUCGUUGAUACGGAUUUUGAGAAAUUCGUUGAAAAGCCCCAGGAACGUUAUGUUUGGGAGAUGCGUAGUCGAAGCCCGAAUACGACUCCGGCUAGCACUGUGCUGAAUUCGCCGGAUCUGGCUGAAGUGCAAUACUCUCAGCAUCACGGCAGGCACAAUCAGAUUCGUGUCGGACGAAGUCCAGUUAGCCAGGUUGAUAAUAUGGUUCCUCAGGGAUUGACUAGUCCUGGGUCGCCCACGGAUGUUGGGAAAGCUGGUGGACAUUGUGUUCGCGAUGGAGAGAUUGUUGUCUUUGACGACAUCGAUACUAACUGGGUUAAGUCGCAUGGAAAAGAUGGAAAUGUAGAUGAUGUAUUGAAAGUUACCAAAAUGAUUGGUCAACUACCGAUUGCAGAGUAUGAAGGAUCUCCGCGACGGAUUGGCAAUCAGCAACAAGGUUUUAGUCUGCAAGGAGGCAGCUUUAAGAUGGCAAGUGCGACUGCAGGAGGAAUGCCAACUCGUCCUCCUGGUUUUCCACAACGUGUAUCGCAGCAUUCUUCUCCAGCUGCACCGCAAGAUGUAAAAGACACUAACCAUCGAUCAGAGAAUUUGAUUGAUAUCGAUGAUAAUAAUGCUGUUGGGGAUGUUGAGAAUCGUAAUGAUUGCUCAAGUGUUGUUGAUGAAUCUAGACCUAAAACACCAACAUUUGAUUAUUUGUAUGAGUUCUCAGAGACGAGGAAGGUUCUUGAAGAGUUUUUCAAAGGAGCCAAUACAGACGAGAAACAAUUUGCAGAUUUCACUGAGAGUGAUGAUCUUGGAAGUUCUGAUACACACCAAGACUAUGAGCGUGAAGAAGACAAAAAAGCCGAACAAGCUUACAUUGGCCAAAGAUUGGCUAGAAUUCCAAAGGAAGAACUUUACAUGGUUCAUCGUUCACCCAGAAAACAACAAUAUGAUAACUACAACGAGCAAAAUGACAUUGAACUUUACAUUGAUUCGAAUAGUCGUAGCUCAGGUGAACUUGCUGAUACAGAAUUAGAAGCAAAUUUACGUCGACAUUCACGUAAUUUUACUCUUUCACCAGAAACAACAGACUACGAUUCGAAUUGCGGUGAUUUGGAUAGCCUAUCCAAUGAUAUUAACUUGCAAACUGAUUUUGGAAAACUUUACACAAGCAUGCCAGUGCUUGAAGAUGGACUUUCAAGUGGACAUGCGUCUGAUACUGAAAACAAUAUUUCAGUUGUGAUUGAUAAGAAAUACUUGGAGUGUAAUAAUCUUAGUGUGGCAGCUUUGGAUGAUGUCGACAAUAAUAGUGUCAUAAAUAAUGGUCAAGAUGAGUCUGAUGUCGAAGCAAAACAGGCUAUGAACGAUGUGGCUACAAGUGAUAGUGGAUGUUGCAAUACAGCUCUUAACAAUGGAGAUGUUAAAGAUUCUCAUGUUUAUGAUGCUGUCUAUGCAACAAAUAUGCCACAAAAUACUCCACCACCACCUCCUGCACCGGUCCCACAUCGCCAGACGAUAACCGAAGCAGAAUCUCAAGACAUUCAAGAAGCUAUGAAGGAUAUUCGAUCGGCUUUGCAGCGUGCGAAAACUCUUCCUGAAAAGGCAAAAUUCUGCGAUGAAGUACUUCCCGCCGGACGUGAAUCACCAAUUUGGGUUCCACGAACUAACUCGCACGAGAAUUCUUCCGUCGAUGUAAUGCACAAAGGCCAGUGUCACGCCGAAGAGGAGGAACACGAUACUGAUUUAGAAACUGACAGGUUAUUAGGACAGCAACGUCUCGAUGAUCAAGGAUUUUAUGAUGAUAAACAACUUUGGUCAAAGAAUUCUGCAACUCAUUCACCAACAACUUCAGACAUAACAAUGUUGAACAAUUCAACUAGCAUUAAACCUCAAACAUUUUCAUCAGCAACCAUUCGACAAGGUAUUGGAACAGCACUCACACCAACUUCACCCGAACAUUGCCAAAUAAUUGGCACUGGUGAAGUCACCAUAACAUCACCCGAAAAACUACAAUACUCAAAGAGUCCAACUGGUUCAAUUAAAUCUUUAAAGGACUCUACAAAUAGUGAUAAGAAGGCAAAAACUCGCAAUAAAGAAGCUUUACUUGAUCCUGCAGUACUAAUCGAGGGAGUUCUAUUUCGAGCAAGGUAUUUAGGUUCGACGCAGCUAGUGUGCGAGGGACAACCAACGAAAUCUACCCGAAUGAUGCAGGCUGAAGAAGCCGUUUCAAGGAUCAAGGCACCAGAAGGUGAAAGUCAACCAUCCACCGAGGUUGAUCUAUUUAUAUCAACCGAGAAAAUAAUGGUCCUUAACACUGAUCUCAAAGAGAUCAUGAUGGAUCAUGCUCUACGUACAAUCUCCUACAUCGCCGACAUUGGCGACUUAGUAGUUUUAAUGGCACGGCGUAGAUUUGUGCCAUCGGACACCGAUGAAGGCCCAAAACCAAAUCGAACACCAAAAAUGAUAUGCCAUGUUUUUGAGAGUGAUGAAGCACAAUUUAUAGCACAAUCAAUUGGUCAGGCAUUCCAAGUGGCAUACAUGGAAUUCCUGAAAGCAAAUGGAAUUGAGGAUCAUAGUUUUGUUAAGGAAAUGGAUUACCAGGAAGUGCUCAAUAGUCAAGAGAUUUUCGGUGAUGAACUGGAGAUCUUUGCGAAAAAGGAAUUGCAAAAGGAGGUAGUUGUACCAAAGGCGAAAGGAGAAAUACUAGGUGUAGUGAUUGUGGAGAGUGGUUGGGGUUCAAUGUUGCCCACUGUUGUAAUUGCAAAUCUAAUGUCAACUGGGGCUGCAGCUAGAUGCGGUCAGUUAAAUAUCGGUGACCAAUUGAUUGCUAUAAAUGGCAUGAGCUUAGUCGGGCUUCCAUUAUCGACCUGUCAGAGUUAUAUACGCAAUGCAAAAAAUCAGACUGCUGUUAAAUUUACGGUUGUGCCUUGUCCGCCGGUAGUCGAGGUUAAGAUAAAACGACCGAAUACCAAAUAUCAAUUAGGAUUUAGUGUUCAAAAUGGAGUGAUUUGUAGUCUUUUACGCGGUGGAAUAGCAGAACGUGGUGGUGUACGUGUGGGUCAUAGAAUAAUUGAGAUAAAUAAUCAAAGUGUUGUGGCUGUUCCUCAUGAAAAAAUUGUUAAUUUGUUAGCAACAUCUGUUGGCGAGAUUUUAAUGAAAACAAUGCCGACUUCAAUGUUUAGACUCCUGACUGGUCAGGAAAAUCCAAUUUUCAUCUAACUAUUUUCAACUUUCCAAUAAAAUAAAAGUUAAACAAAAUAAAACAAAAAUCUAACUUAAUGCUAUUAGUGUAUAGGAAUUAUAUUUAAAACAAAAAAUAAAAAAAAAACAGAAAACAAAACCUAACGAAUAUUUGAAACCAAAAAUACAAAGAAAA